AUGUCAGAAUAUCAAUUACAAAAUCCACCAACUGAUGGUAUAACGACCGUGCACUUUUCGCCAAAUAAUCAAAGUCAAUUUCUACUUGCUUCAUCAUGGGAUGCUUCGGUUCGUUUGUACGAUGUUAAUCAGCAUACAUUCCGUCAAAUGUAUAAGCACGCAGGUCCUGUAUUAGAUUGUUGUUUCAUAGAUUCUUCGCGCACAGCUAGUGGUGGUCUAGAUCGUCUUUUAAAAGUAUUCGACUUCAAUACACAACAAGAAAUUGUAAUGGGCUAUCAUGAUAAUGCAAUACGAUGUGUACACUAUUCGCCUGAAAUGAAUAUUCUUAUCACCGGUUCUUGGGACUCAUCCAUUAAGUUUUGGGAUUCACGUGUACCGAAUUGCCUUGGUACUUGUUCAUUACCUGAUAAAGUUUAUACCUUGGAUAGCGCUGGUGAAUUACUUGUUGUUGGAACUGCACAACGUAAGGUAUCGAUUUGGGAUCUACGUAAGAUUAGCACAAAUACACCGAUUGAAAAUCGUGAAUCAAAUUUGAAAUAUCAAACACGUUGCAUUCGCUGUUUUCCAAACAAACAGGGUUAUGUUCUUAGUUCAAUUGAAGGCCGUGUUGCUGUUGAAUUUUUCGAUGCAAAUCCUGAAAUUCAAAAGAAAAAGUAUGCAUUUAAAUGUCAUCGCGCCAAAGAAGGUGCGAUCGAAAAUAUCUAUCCUGUCAAUGCAAUUGCUUUUCACAAACAAUACGGAACAUUUGCUACUGGUGGAUCCGAUGCAUUUGUUAACAUGUGGGAUGGCGCGAAUAAGAAGCGUCUAUGUCAAUUUCAUCAAUAUCCAGCUGGAAUUACAAGUUUAGCCUUUUCACCUGAAGGAAACAUGCUAGCUAUCGCUUCGUCUUACAAUUAUGAAUACGGCAGUGAUCCUCAACUAGCACCGAAUGAUAUAACAAAGAAUAAUAUCUUUAUGGUUGACGAAACACUUUUCGACUAUCUGCAUAUGUCUGUUGUGGAAUAUUAUGUUCAAGAAAAUGAAAAUGACGUCGAUUCAGCUGCGUUGUGCUUAUCACAAAUAGGCUAUCGAGUGGGCUAUUCACUAAGCGAACGACUGUCGAAAGAAAAUCCUCGAUAUCGUGAUGAACUAGAUACGGUGAAAUACUUGUGUAAAGAACUUUGGAUUUGUUUGUUCAAGAAACAAGUGGAUAACUUGCGUACAAAUCAUCAAGGUGUAUACGUGAUUCAUGAUGGACGUUUUCGUUUAUUACAACAAACACUUGUGACAAUGAACAAACCGAUCGACGCGACGAAUCGAUUGCAUACAUUGUAUAUAGCAUACUCGACAGGUUUAUUACGUGGUAUUCUCACGAAUAUGGGUUAUCCAUGCCGAGUGACAGCAGAAAUAGCAGAUUUUGGUGUGAAGUUUCAAAUCGACAUGACUCUAACGACUGGAUAA